CAUACAAUCAAUUUUUUUUUCCUCCUAUUUAGUAAAAUUUACUUUUCCCUCCCUCUCUUCCAUGCGUACGGACAUACGACAGUGGAUGUACCGAUAUCCAUGGGAUCCACCAGACCGGAACGCAUUGACUGGACAGUUGGGGAUCGUCCCCAGUCCCAGACCGUUCGAUCGCCUAUUUUAAGUUGGUUAGUAGCACCAGCACUCGUAUUUACCACUAAUACCACGGCCACCACCAUCAUCAUCAUCCUUCAUCCUCUCACCUUGCUGCUCCCGCUCCGGGUACGGCGGCAACUUGGUAGUCCAAGGUACCGACUUGUAGCUUUGAUCCCACUCCGUUAUCUCUUAAUUCUCCCCUGUCAUGUCACCAACCGAUUUGCCAUCGUCUACUUGGGUUCAUUAAAAAUUUAAAAUAUUAUUCUCUCUCAAGAGGGGAAAAGAGAGAGAGAGAGGGGGGAAAAUGAAGGGCUAGACACC